UUUUUCAUAACUGUCAAUGUCAAACUUAACCUAUAAACAAAUUAGUUUAUAAUUUAAACGAUUGUAUUUAAAUUAGAAUGAAUAAUGAUGUUUUUAUGAACGAUACAUUCGAUAAUCUUAGAUUUACUCAAACUGAACAGUACUUUUCAAAUGAUGACAAAGAUGGCAAAUGUGUAAACAACAAUUCACAGGAAAUUUUGUUUGAUGAUACACUAUUUUUAUCUGAGUCUUGUAUAGAAGAAAAUAAUGAUGGAGAGUCUGAGGAUUUUUUUGCAAAUACGCCAGAAGUUAAAACAAUAGACGAUUUAUUGGAUAAUAAGGUUAUAAAUAGUGAGAAACAAAUUGUAGACUAUAGUAUAUCACAAACUUUAGCAGGAUGCUUGGAAAACGAAUUUUUACUAAAUUCCUUCAAGGAAGAAGGAAUUAUAAACGUAGAAAAGUCUUUUACGGAAACUAAAAUUAAUGUUAACAACAAUAUGAUAGAUUUAAAUAUAGAUGCAGAUUUAUCUAAUACUUUUACACAAGAUAUAACACAAGAUGAGUCACCUAAAAGUUUGCCAGAGUUUAUAAUAGAAGAUAAUGAAACCAAUAGCUUCAAUCAUAUUGAAAAUACUAAUACUAAUAAAAGAGAAAUCAGUCCUAAAGUCAAAGAUAAUAGUAUUAAUAUUAGAAUUAAAAAAAGUUGUCAAGACAAUAACUCUGUAACUAGGGAUAUAAAAACACCCUUAAUUUUUGAUAAACUGGAAAGUAGAGUGUUCAAAACACCAAAUCCAAUAAAAGCUAAAAAUGUUAACAUACCACAUAUUUCUACUAAAAACAAAGUUGAUCACAUUAAUUUAAAUAAUACAAGUAAUUUUGAUAAUAAUUUGUCGACAAUGGAGAAAGAGGCUGAAAAAGGUUUAAAAGAGCUUAAUACAAGUAUAGAAGAAAAAAUAUGUAGGCUUUUUAAUGCUAACAGUAAUUCUAAACAAAUAAAUCCUAUCGAUUCUUCACAUCCAAGCACAAGUACUAAACUAACACCUGAAAUACAAACUAAAAAUAUUGUGAACAUGAAAAGCACAAAAUUAAUACCUGAAAUACAAAACGAAAAUGUUAUGAAUGAGGAAAGCACAAAAUUACAAUCUUGGGGACUACCAGAAGCAGUUUUACUAAAAUAUAAAUCCAGAAAAGUAAUUAGCAUGUUUCCCUGGCAGGUAGAAUGCCUUAGCAAUACAAGGGUGAUGAAUGAAACUGCUAACUUAAUAUAUUCUGCCCCUACAUCAGCAGGAAAAACUCUAAUAGCAGAAAUAUUGGCAAUAAAAACAGUUUUUGAAAGAAAAAAGAAAGUUAUUUUUAUAUUACCGUUUGUAUCAAUAGUAAGGGAGAAGAUGUAUUACUUUCAGGAUAUAUUAGGAAGUAGUGGAAUUAGAUGUGAGGGAUUUAUGGGGUCAUAUAACCCACCAGGAGGAUUUCAGACAGUACAAGUAGCAAUUUGCACUAUAGAAAAGGCAAACAGCCUUAUCAAUAGGCUUUUGGAAGAAGGAAAACUCUCCGACAUAGGAGCCAUUUUAGUGGAUGAAAUGCAUUUACUAGGUGACCCUAGCAGAGGCUAUCUACUUGAGUUACUAUUAACAAAAUUAAAGUAUAUUUCACAGAAAGAUGAAAAUGUGAACAUACAAAUAGUAGGGAUGUCUGCUACACUACCAAAUUUAAGUUACCUUGCAAAGUGGCUGGAUGCAGAACUUUAUACAACCGACUUCAGACCUAUACCUUUAUUAGAACAAGCACAUGUCUGUGGAGAGAUCUAUGAUAAUAAUUUAAAGUUAAUAAGAAAGUUGCAGCCUUUACCCGAUUUAGGAACUGAUACUGAUAAUAUUUUACAACUUUGUUUGGAAACUAUACAAGAGUCAUGCUCUGUACUAAUUUUUUGCCCAACAAAAAAUUGGUGCGAAAAUUUGUCACAGCAAAUAUCAGUGGCGUUUUUUAAGAUUGGCAAUUCCAAUACAGUAUUGGGAUCAAUGCUAAGAAGUCAAUUAAAGACCAAUUUAAUUAUGGAGCUUAUGGAACAACUUAGGUACUGCCCUGCUGGUUUGGAUGAGGUACUUAAGAAAACUGUUUCAUUUGGGGUGGCUUUCCAUCACGCAGGACUUACCAUGGACGAACGCGAUAUCAUAGAGGGUGCCUUUCGCAACGGAGGUAUUCGAGUUCUAGUGGCAACAUCGACCUUAUCAUCAGGAGUUAACUUACCGGCGCGGAGGGUCAUUAUUCGCACUCCAAAUUUCCACAACAAGCCUAUAGACACUUUAACAUACCGGCAAAUGAUAGGUAGAGCUGGAAGAAUGGGAAAAGACGAAAAGGGGGAGAGCAUUUUAAUAUGUCAAAAAAGCGACUAUCAAACAGCUAAGGAAUUAAUGUCUGCGGUUUUAAGGCCUGUUAUGAGUUGUUUAAAGGGCGCGGGUAAGUUAAAACGCGCGAUAUUGGAAGUAAUCGCAAGCGGUGUUGCCACUUCCCCCGAAGAUGUAGAGCUAUUUACCAACUGCACCCUUUUGGCUGUAGAGGGCACUGAUACAUUGGAUAACCCAAUAGAGGAUGCAGUGAACUUUUUAAAGGAAAACGAAUUUAUAAGACUUCAGAAAGCGAGCGAUGAUACAUUUAUGUAUGUCGCCACUUGUUUGGGUAAAGCAUGCCUCUCUUCAUCAAUGGCGCCCGAUGAAGGUCUAGCGUUAUUCGGGGAAUUAUCUAAGGCACGUCAAUGUUUUGUUCUGGAGACGGAGUUGCAUUUAAUAUAUCUCGUCACCCCAUACAGUGCUUGUAACACCUGGGGUAACAUCGACUGGAUGUUUUAUUUGGAAUUAUGGGAGCGUAUACCAGCAAGUAUGAAAAGAGUUGGUGAGUUGGUCGGGGUUAGGGAUUCAUAUUUGGUUAACGCCAGCCGAGGAAAAAUACAAACCAACACCGGUAAACUAUAUCACAAGCUCAUGGUACACAAACGAUUCUUUAUUGCCUUGGCGUUGCAAGAUUUGGUCAACGAAAAAAGUCUUGGUGAAGUUUGCCGCAAGUUUAGCUGCAAUAGGGGAAUGCUGCAAUCUUUGCAGCAGUCAGCUUCAUCGUUUGCUGGCAUGGUGACUUCGUUUAGCCGACAGUUAGGAUGGACAAGCGUUGAGUUACUAAUAUCCCAGUUCCAAGACCGUUUGCAGUUUGGUGUAAGCCGGGAUUUACUAGACCUUAUGCGACUGCCAGUUUUAAAUGGAAAAAUGGCCAGAACUCUCUAUAAUGCCGGUAUAGAAACGGUUGCACAGCUUGCUAAUUCGGAAAUACCCAAUGUGGAAAGUAUAUUACACACUGUUAUGCCAUUUGAGAGCGAAAAAGAAAGGGAGGGUGAAAGUGAAUUUGAGAACAACAAACGUAAGAAAAUUAGGAAUGUUUGGGUCACUGGUAAGGACGGCUUAACGGUUAGAGAGGCCAGUGAAUUAUUGAUAAAAGAUGCUAGAAGUUAUCUAAAGAUUGAAAUGGGUUUGGUUGAUGCUAAAUGGGAAGUAAGUCAAAAGGAAAAAACAGAUGAAGCUAUAGCUGAUACUUAUAACACCAAAGAAGUAACCAAAGAAAAAAUUAAUAUAGAAGAAACCAUUUUACAGAAUGAAAAACAAUUUAAAUCAGAAGAAAUAUUAAAAACCAAAGCAGAAAUCCUAAACCAAGAAGAAACAUCUAAAAAUAUAAAAUUCCUAAUUAAGGAAAAAGAGAUUCAAAAUAUCAAACAAAUCAAUUAUAAUACUAAUACAAAUGUAGAAAAAAUCAGCAGUCCUCAAGAAAAACUCUCAUAUCAAAAUCCAGAAUCCAUUCAAUCAGAACAACUAAAUAGUUUCGUCGACUUCGAAAUGAACAUAUCCAGUGUUUCCAUGGCGAUUGACGAAAAAACAAAUUCCCAAGAUUCCGACCAAAGUAUUUUUAGCGAUAGUUUUACUCUGUAUCUUAGUGAUGAUUUUAUAACGCCAGCAAGCCCUUGUACUUAUAGAACAACCAAAGAUUCAAGCGUUGUUUCUGAGGAAAAGUCAUCCAAAAUGGAUAUAUCCGACGAUAUAUUAAUGUCUUCAUUCAGUGAUGAUACAGAGAAUUCUUUGGCAAGAAUGACAAAGAAAAGACCCAGAAUGUCAGAAAAACAAUCUAAAAACUCUCUUAAAAAGAAGAAGGAAUCCCUCGAAGUAUUUAACGAACAACCACUUCAACAAUUGGAUGAAGAUAUCUUAGACUUUUCAAAAUUAGAUAUAGUAGAUGUUUGCGCCAACGAAGAAUUGUUUAAUACGUUCAAAGAAGAACUGCAAACUAAAAAUAGAUUUUCCUUAGCUAUGGCUUGUUGCGGAGUAUUAGAAAAUAUACCAAAGGUCGGUUUAAAAACCCUAUUGUCGCAAAGUAUGACCAGUAAAUCUUCUUUUGAAUUUAAUAAUACAAAAGUAGAAGGAGUGGCUUUAUCAUGGGGAAAUGGCACUGUCUACCAUUUGUCUUUGGAGAGUGAGUUUAAAGUAGAUGUAAUAAAGCUUUUGGAAAACGUUUUAAGUAAAAAGAACAAUGAAGUUAAAAUGUUUGAUUGUAAAGAACAAAUUAAAUGUUUAAAAUUGUGCUGUAAUGUCGAUGUUGGCACCAAUAUUAAGGAUCCUAAGGUAGCUGACUGGAUUUUGGAUCCAGAAGGGCGAGAAAAAAACCUUCAAGCUUUGACUUUAACAUAUUGUCCAGAAGCCAUGGAUCUUGUUCAUCUUGCUGGAAGUAUUAAAGGAGUGGGGAGUGUUUCUUUGGACCUUAACAGUAGCAUAGAUUCAAAAAUAAGAUCUUCAGUUGAGUCUCUAGUAACUUGGUAUAUUGUUGACUCCCUAAAUGAUAAGUUAUGGAAAGAAAACCCAAAUUUUCUGGAAGUUUACGAUAUUGAAAUGAAGACCAGUUUAUACCUUAGCAAAAUGGAACUUAAUGGUAUGGGUGUAAGCAAACAAAAAAUGCAGGAACUAGCAGACACUUUAAAAAACCAAAUGGACGCUAUCGAAAACAAAUGUUACUCACUAGCUGGUCGAAGAUUCAACAUAUCUUCCCCAGCGGAAGUUUCAAAAGUUUUAGGUAUGUACAGAGGCAAGAAAGUAAGCACCAGAAAAGAAAUCUUGGAAAAAUCGGAUCAUCCCGUAGCGAAGUACGUCUUGCAGUGGCGCAAACUCAGCGGCACAAUAACGAAAAUGAUUUACCCUCUGAUAAGGGUGAUAGAAAAAGACCGUUUACAUGGUUGUUGUAUAACACAUACCGCUACAGGGCGAAUUACUAUGCAUGAGCCAAAUCUGCAGACAAUUUUCAAGGAUUUCGAGAUUGUUCAUCCCUUUAAUGAGAAGAGCAUGGUUUUAAGUUGCAGGGGGGCAUUUGAGGCCCUAGAAAAUUGUUGCUUGGUGUCUGCUGAUUAUUGCCAGUUGGAGCUAAGGCUAUUAGCGCACUUAUCUGGUGAUAUGUUAUUAAGAAAAAUUAUGAAAAGUCCCGGGGAUGUGUUUAGGUCUAUUGCCAGUAAGUGGAAUAAUGUGGAAGAGAGUGAGGUUAAUGACGAUAUGCGUCAAAAAGCAAAACAUAUUUGCUAUGGUAUAAUCUAUGGUAUGGGUUGCAAGACUUUAAGUGAACAAUUAAAAAUUACAGAAGAUGAAGCAACUAUUUUCAUGGAAACUUUUAAAAAUGCUUAUCCUGGUAUACAAAUUUAUAUUUUAAGAACAAUAGAAUAUUGCAAAAAUACGGGUUAUGUUGAAACUAUAACAGGCAGAAGAAGAUAUUUACCGCACAUAAAACAUAAUAACGGAAGCUUAAGAGGUCAAGCUGAAAGACAGGCAAUAAACACUACAGUACAAGGCUCAGCCGCAGAUAUUGCCAAAAAAGCAAUGGUAAUGAUAGAAGAAAAAAUUUUGGAAGUUUUUAUGAAAUCAAAAAUAAAACCUAAGCUGAUUCUUCAUCUUCAUGAUGAAUUGAUUUAUGAAGUGCCCAUCAAAUACACACAAAAAAUGGCUAAAAUUAUGAAAAAAUGCAUGGAAAGUGCUGUUCAUUUGACAGUGCCUUUUCCUGUUAAAUUGAGAACUGGUCCAACAUGGGGAGAACUGACUGAAUAUGAAUUGUGAUAAUUUUUUUAGUCUUAAAUUGAAAAAAAAUUUAUUGUAGUUUUUAAUUUACCUUUCUUUUUAUUUUACAUUUUAAUUGUUUAAUAUUGAAUUAACAUGAAUUAUUUUCAAUUUUAUAUUAUUGUAUAAAAAUAUUUGUAUUUAAUUUAAAUAAAUUGAUAUUUAGUAAUACGC